AUGUGUGGAAUUUGCUGUGUGGUCAGCUUGUCUGUACAUCCCCCUGACGGCUGUUUCUUGAAAGAGGAUAUUUUAUGUAAUCUUAGGAGAAGAGGGCCCAAUAGUAGUCAACAACUGAUUAAGACUGUACCCCAGCUUCCAUACCACUGCUUAUUUUCUGGCCACGUGCUUCACUUAAGGGGACAGUUGACUCCACAGCCUGUGGAAGAUCCUACAAGUGGCAAUGUGUUUCUUUGGAAUGGAGAAAUCUUCAGCGGUGUUCCUGUAACAGCUGAAGAGAACGAUACUCAAAUUAUUUUUCGGCAACUUUGCACGUGCCGCCGUGAAUCGGACGUUUUGUCAGUGUUCUCUUCCAUUCAGGGUCCAUGGUCUUUUGUUUUUUAUCAGGCGUCGGAGCAUUGCUUGUGGUUCGGCAGAGACUUCUUUGGCCGCCGCAGUCUGCUGUGGCAGUUCAAUAAAGAGGCAGACAAAGUUUUCGUUCUUUCUUCCGUAAGUGCCGUCUCUGGUAAUCUGUGGCAGGAAGUUCCAGCAUCGGGAAUCUUCAGAUUGGAUCUCAAGGCCUGCGCUGCAUCCGAAGCGGUGACUUUAACGCUGUAUCCUUGGAAAUACCCUUCCAGACAGAAUGCUACCGAGAAAGCAGUCCUUGGUGACUUAAAUAUGGCUUCUAAAUAUUCCCCAAGUUACGUGUCUCUUGUGGUGAAUGACUCACACACGUUGGUAGCGCCUGUCAUUCCGUUAAAUAAGGAGACCCUUAACACACAGGAGGAGUCCCGGUUAUUUGAUUUUACCAACAAUGUAGCAGAUGUGGAAGUUCUGCAGAUGUUUCUUGCAAAGCACCAUAAGAAGGAACUUGUUCACCAGUUUAUUGACGUCUUGAGUAGAGCAGUCGAGAGACGAGUUUUAUGUCUGGCUAGAGAGGCCGAAAUGUCAGGAGCAGCUCCGAGAAAACCCCAUGUUGCGGUGCUUUUUUCUGGGGGCAUUGAUUCCAUUCUCAUAGCAGCCCUUGCUGACAGGCAUGUUCCUUCAGAAGAACCCAUUGAUCUUCUCAAUGUGGCCUUCAAGGUAACAGACAAAGGAAGGCAAAGCAGUUCCACCAAGAAAAAGAGCAAGGAACAGAAACCGUCGCCCCCUAGUCAGGGAUGCUUCGAUGACACCGGCAUUGUGAAAUGUGGCUCUUCGUCAUCUUUUAAUGUGCCUGACAGAAUUACCGGCAAGGCAGGGCUGGAAGAACUGAAAACCGUCAGUCCUUCCCGAUCGUGGAAUUUCGUGGAAAUCAACGUUACGCUUGAGGAGUUAAAAGCAAUGAGACAACAACACAUAAGUCAUUUAGUUUAUCCCUUGGGCACUGUUCUGGAUGAUAGUAUCGGUUGUGCUGUGUGGUUUGCUUCCAGAGGAGAAGGCCUGAUUACCAGUCAGGGAGAUAUAAGGCCAUAUAAAAGCGUUGCGAAGGUAUAAAGCUAGCUAUCAAUUUAUGACUAACGACUUUCUCACACACAUCUGUUUUUACUCCAUAGUUGGUAUUGCAAUCCUAAGCCUACAAGGGAGUGAGCCCUGCUUAUACUGCAGGCAUAACUUUGCAGCUCCUUUUUAUUUUAUUAGCUCUUUUGCCACACAUGUAAAAUUGAAUGUGGACAAGUUAGAUGCGUGUAAGUAAGUUACGGGCUUACUGUCACUGAUAGAAACUGAGAUACGAAAGUUAGGAGCUAAAUGGCACCUUAAACCUAAGUUAUGGGUACAACAACGGAAUGUCCAGGCAUGCUUUUUUAUAACAAGAAUACAAGCUGAAAAUGAAUGAACUGCAGUUAAAAUAUGUUCAUUUUUCAUAUGGUUGAGUCCUUCUCCUGCCCACCCCACUAAUAUUCUUAAGAGGGUCUCUUCUUCAGAAAGUGGCUGGAAGUGGGGAGGCAGAAAAAGGUCCUCCUUUCCUUCCACUGCAGUUUUAAUCUGAAAUCUUAGGCGCAGUACUGUGCCCAGAGCUCAGAAUCUGCUUGCACUAAUGAAAUUCCCAGUUGUGAAGUGCAUCUAGAGCAAUGGGAGUUUUGAACACCGCUUACUGUAUUCUUUUGGUAACGAUGAUGGCUCUAUGAUUUAAAUGGGAUGGAAAUCUGGCACAGUUGUAAUAGUCAUCUGCAUAUUUCCAGCUGAAUAAAAUGCUGUUCUUCUCCUGUCUAAAUAGAUUGCCAGUUGUUCAUUGGAACAGAACUGAACCUUAUAAAACUGUUUAUUUAAAUCUAAAUAGAGUUUAAUUUGGAUGUAGCUAUAAUUAGAUUUACCAAAGUAAAUGCAAAAUCUUGCGGAGUAAAAGUGUUUUAGGGUACAGCGGGUUAAGUAAAUAAAUGCUAAGACUGCAAGUUGUGCUCUGUUGCAGAUUGUACUUACUGGAAUUGGAGCAGAUGAGCAGCUUGCCGGCUAUUCUAGGCACCGGGCUUGCUUUGAAAAACAUGGUUUGGAGGGAUUGAAUGAAGAACUGGAAAUGGAACUGGGGCGAAUUUCAUCUAGGAACCUUGGCCGAGAUGAUAGAGUUAUUGGGGAUCAUGGCAAAGAAGCUAGGUAAGCUGUUUGGAAGGGGAAGUUACUGGGCUAUUUCUUUUUAAAUCAUCAUAACUGAGGAUAUUUUGUUAGCAUCAUUACUUCAUUCAGGUGCAGCAAGUUGAAGUGAUGGUGAUGAUGUUGAUUUAUUAAAUUUCUAUACUGCCCUUCAUCUGAGGAUCACAAGGCGGUUUUCAAUAUAAAAAGACAAAAAAUACAUACCAUAAUAACAAAUGAAAUCAAUUCCCCAUCCCCACCGGUUUAAAAGGCCAUAGAUUGUUUCAUUAGCCAAAGGUCUGGGAGAAGAGGAAUGUUUUUGCUUGGCACCUAAAUACAUGCAGUAACUUGUGGCGGUGUGAUCUAAACCACUGAGCCUCUUGGGCUUGGCUUGCCAAUCGGAAGGUUGGCGGUUCGAAUCCCCGUGAUGGAGUGAGCUCUCGUUGCCCUGUCCCAGCUCCUGCCAACCUAGCAACUCGAAAGCAGACCAGUGCAAGUAGAUAAAUGGGUACAGCUGCGGCAGGAAGGUAAACGCCGUUUCUGUGCACUCUGAUUUCUGUCACAGUGUCCCGUUGCGCCAGAAGUGGUUUAGUCCUGCUGGCCACAUGACCCGGGUUCUGGCGGUCAUGCAUGCACAGAAGCACUGAAUUGCAACCCGCGCAGACGCGCCGCUGUGGGUUGCGAACGUGCAUCCCGCACGGAUCACGUUUGCAACCCGAGCAUCCACUGUAUAGUGGUACCUCGGGUUACAUACGCUUCAGGUUACAUACGCUUCAGGUUACACACUCCGCUAACCCAGAAAUAGUACCUCAGGUUAAGAACUUUGCUUCAGGAUGAGAACAGAAAUCGUGUAGCGCCAGCAUGGCAGCAGUGGGAGGCCCCAUUAGCUAAAGUAGUGUCUCAGGUUAAGAACAGACCUCCGGAACGAAUUAAGUAUGUAACCAGAGGUACCACUGUAUAUGCAAUGAGGGCACUGGCUGAACCUCCUUCGGGAGAGCAUUCCACAGACAGGGAGCCACCACAGAAAAAGCCUGUCCUCAUGUUGCCGUCUUCCAGACCUGUUGUGAAGGAGGCACACGAAGAUUGCAGGGUUCAAGACUGGUUCAUAUGGGGAGAGGUAUCAUGGUCCUGAGCCGUUUAAGGCUUUAUAGGUCAAAACCAGCACUCUUAAUUGAACCCAGAAACUUAUUGGCAGCCUGUUCAGACCAGGAUCGGUGUAGCCAUCUUGCCCUGUUGAGCAACCUGGCUGCAGAAUUCUGCACUAGUUUCCGAUCCAUCUUCAGAGGCAGCACCACGUAUAUUGUGUUGCAGUAAUCUAUCCUAGAGUUUACCAGAGCAUGGGUGACAGAAGUUAGGCUAUCCCUGUCCAGAUAAGGGCACAGCUGGGCCACCAGCCAAAGCUGAUGGAAGGGGCUGUAUGUCAUUGAGGCCACCUGAGCCUCAAGCAACAGAAUACAGACGUACCCCCCCCCCCAGACUGUGUACCUGCUCCUUCAGAUGGUGUGUAUCCUCAUCAAGAGCAGGCAACCUCCCAUCCAUCCAGUCUAAGGAACUGCCCACUCACAGUGCCUCUGUCUUAUCUGGAUUGACCUUCAGUUUACGCAUCUCAGAAGGAUGUGUCUCUCCACAGUUUCCCACAGUAUGCUUGUCUAGCUCUGAGCUGCUUGGUUUUUUUAAUAGGUGUAUGUAUGAAUACGCGGGUGGCGCUGAAGUCUAAACCACUGAGCCUCUUGGGCUUGCCGAUCAGAAGGUCGGCGGUUUGAAUCCCCGCAACGGGGUGAGUUCCGUUGCUCGGUCCCAGAUCCUGCCAACCUAGCAGUUCAAAAGCAUGCCAAAAAGUGCAAGUAGAUAAAUAGGUACCGCUCUGGCGGGAAGGUAAACGGCAUUUCCGUGCUCUGCUUAGUCAUGCUGGCCACAUGACCCGGAAAAACUGUCUGUCUUUACAGCUCCCUCGGCCUGUAAAGCGAGAUGAGCGCCACAACCCCAGAGUCAUCCACGACUGGACUUAACUGUCAGGGGUCCUUUACCUUUAUGAAUAAUUCACACAUUUGGAUACUUAUAGGAAACUACUAAUUAGCUCUGAUUGUAACUGCCAAAUCAGUAGAUUCAAGGAUUUUUCCAAAAAUAUUCUUCGCAAUUUAUUUUUGAAUUCUCUUGAAAAAUAAAUUUUGCUUGGCGUUCUUUUUUCGUUUUAGGUUUCCAUUUCUUGACGAAGAAGUAGUAUCUUUUCUCAAUUCUCUUCCCAUCUGGGAGAAAGCAAACUUGACUCUACGUCGAGGCAUCGGGGAGAAAUUGCUUCUCCGCCUGGCAGCGGCUGAGCUUGGCUUGACAGCCUCGUCGGUCCUGCCAAAGAGAGCCAUGCAGUUUGGUUCCAGGAUUGCAAAAAUGGAAAACAGCAGCGAAAAGGCAUCUGACAAAUGCACAAGACUCCAGUCACUUCCAGUCGAGUAG